AUGUUGGUGGUGGAUGAGAAAGCAGACAAUUUAAAAUGUCUCGUUGGAAAUUGGCCGAACAAGCAAUUGUUGCAAAAACAUAACAGCAAACGAGAAGAGGAAGAGCUCUCGGAGUUUGUUAAGAAGCGAGAAAAAGGCGAAUUGUUGAUACAAAAAACAGCACGUCUUUAUGAAAAUUUCUUGGCACCAAUUCAACAGCAACCGAUGGUACAAAAGACAUUCAUAGCAUUUGACCAAAUAGUUCAAUUAAUUGCAUGCGAGAUGCCAACAAUGAAUCCACAAAAUGAGCCAUUGGCAUUAUCAGUUGUCGCUAAUGAACCGAACAUAAAUGAAUGUCAGGAAAUAGAUCAACAAUGUGGUCUUUCAUGUGCCCCGUCGCCACAGCUUAUUACGAGAAAUGCUUUUGUAAUUCGACAUCCCAUCAAUCAGCAACAGCAGUCACAACAUGAUGCAUUUUUCAGAUCUAGUGUCGCAAAUUGCAAUUCACAGUCGUCUGUUGAAUAUUUAAAGUACGGACAAGACUUUGUACUGGAAUGUUAUAUGACAAAUAAACAACAAAGGAACCACUCAUUUCUCGUCUAUUCGAUGCCAAAAAAUCCAUUCGCAUCAAGUAUGUUCAACAAUGUCGGAUUCAAGUCAAACGGCGAAAUGAAACAAUUUGUAGGAUUAGCAUUACAAAAAUCUCCAAUGACCAAUAUAAAACAUCAUGCUUUGACAUCAUCGAAUGAAUCAAUACCGACUGCAUUCUUUCACUGGCGCAUUCAUCAUGCAAAUCCAGAAAUGCGUUAUGAAAUGAUUGGUGAAAAUAUUCCGGUAUAUGCUCCAAAUUCCUUAGGAGUUACAUAUUCAGCAUUUAAGCGAAUCUUUAUUGGUGCGAAAACAUCAAAUCUUCAAGACAGAGACCAAAAAAUUAAAGGAGUCAUUGCUCAUGAGCUUUGUCAUUAUGUCUUAAGGUUGGUCUAUGAAAAUAAUGAGAAGCCUUAUUACGAAGUUGAUCAAGAAAGGGAAAAACAAUUUGAAGAAGUUGUUGCUGAAUAUAAGAAGUAUGGAGAUGACAAGGAAAUGUUGGACGACGAUUGUGAAGGAAUUUUGAAGACUGUAUUCAAAAAAUACGAAACUGAUCUUGAUCACAUAGAAUUGAUAGUAAUUGCACCACAAAUUCAAGCGAAAUUCGAUAUUGAGGAGGAUAAAGUCAAGCACUUGCAAGACAAUUUCAAGUUUCUUUUUCAACACUUUGAAAAUUUUAUCAUACCAGACAUAAAACAGUUUAAUUUAAAGAAGCGCGAAGACUUAAGAGCUUUAAACAAAAUCUGUGAAAUUUUGCCAGGAAUUGAAAAGUUGGAAGUCGAAUUCUUAUCUUUAAGAUGUCUUAAUAUCAUCGAUGAAUUUGUCAUAAUUAUCACCAACAUACUAAAGCUCCUCCUUUUUAAUAUAUUUAAAAAUCUUCUAGGAAAAUAUGGAAGUUUAACAAAUGCAAAGAACUUGUUUUUAUCUCCAGAAGUUCUUAAGAAAUCAAUUAACUUUAAAGAUGUGAUGCUCAAAAGUAAACCUGAUAAUAUAAUCGUCGACUGUACAGAUGAAUUUGGAGAUGAUUUAAAGGAUGUGUUUGCAACUAAGAAGCUCAACUACAUUUUUGUAGUCUCAAACGAAGUUAAGUAUCAGAUUAGCUGCUCGUCACAUUCACUUUCUGAUAUAAUAAGCAUGCAGGAAGACGUAACAGCAAUUCAAGAUAUAGUUGACGAUCAACUUCUCAACCUCCUGCUGAAUACAUCUGAAGUCCCUUUGAACAAUAAAUUUUUAAAAGAUGUGUCUGAUAAGCACUUCCAAAUCCUUUUCCAAGCAAGAAUGUUUAAAAAAAUUAAUCACGUUUCUCAAAAGAAUAAUGAACUCAAUGCUUCAUCCAAAAAUAACCUACAAACACCAGAGACAUCGAGAAUAUUAGUUGAAGAACUUAUAGAAACUGUUAAAAGGAGGCAGUAUGUUUUGAUAUCUGAAUUUGGUGGAACUGGUAAGAGUUGGGCUCUGAAGAAUAUAGCUGAUGUCCUACGUCGUACUUAUCCUAAGAAAUGGACAUCAUAUGUAGAUUUAAAGCAAUUCAUCAAAGCUUUUAAGGCAUCAGAAGUAAUUUAUGAUUUUUCAGAAUUUUUAUUUGAAAAUAUUCUAAAACCUGACAAUGUUUAUGAAGCUAAGAUAUUUAUUAAUCUAUAUGAAAAUGGCAAUGUGAACAUUCUCUUUGAUGGAUUUGAUGAGAUUGCUCCUGAUUAUGCGGUGUUAAUUAUUAAGCUAAUCAAAUCUUGUAAAUUUAAUAAUGGAAAUCAGAUUUGGAUUGCUACACCGCAAGAAGUAUAUAAGGAAAUUUUAGGAGCUAAUGUUCAAUCGAUAGGCUUUUCACUUUUCUUCAAAAUGAUUGCUGAUAUUUUUACAAAUAACAAAUCAAUAGCAAAAAGAUUCAGAGUCCCAAAAGUCUAUAAGAAGUUCAUUAAGCUUCAGAUUAAAAGAUGGUCAGCCGAAAAGGGUGAAUUAAGGAAAGAUGCUAGCAUUAGUCAAAAUGUAAGUAAAGCUUUGAUACAUCGCGAGGUUCAUCAGCUGUUUACAAUGCAAAGGUUAUUUCCUGAAACUAAGCAAUUUUGUGAUUUAAAUGUUGAGGAUUGUGACUGGCCAGAUGAAGAAAUCAUUGCUUGUGGAAUUAUGAAUAAAAAAGGAGAAAUCUCCUACUUCCCACAUGAAACAUCUAGUGAAUAUUAUGCUGCUGAUUUUAUUGUAAGGAUUUUAGUGAAAGGAAGGAAGAAUGAUGAAAAAGACAUGUGUGAAUAUUUAAUAAUAUUCUUGACUGUCCGCAAAUAUGGAGUAGUAAGAAUGUUCUUGAAUGAAGCCAUUGCUGAAGAGUCACCCAAAGAAUGCAUAUAG